AUCGCUGACAGAUUUGAGAGACAAAUGCGACACAAUUCAAGCAAAUUUGGAACGAAUAAACUAGUAAAAUUUUAAACACAGUCAUCGAAUUUGCCAUCUACCACAAAUACUAUUUUAGAUAGAUGGAAUCACGAAGUGGGGAUCGUCAGCGUCGAGCCUCGGCCAAGUGCAGUGCUGCCCCGACGCUUCCCUCGUCGCAGGACGAGGAAUUCCAUUUGCGGAUGAUUGAUUUGUAUGCUCAGCAGCCGUGUCUGUGGAACACAACUCUCUGCGAAUACCAAAACGCGGAGCUGAAGCGUGAGGCAUGGGAAGAUAUCACACGACAUCUGGGCUCCCAUUUGAAUGCCUCGUUUGUGCGCAAUCGCAUUCAGAGCAUGCGAUAUCGUCUCAAUGUGUACAAGCUGCAGCUGCUGGAGUACAAGAUGAGUCCCGAGACCGCCAAGAUGCCCGAGAAGCUCUAUUUCAUGGAUAAGUUUGACUUUCUCGACUCCAUCCUCAGCUUGGACGAUGAGCAGUCCCCGCCAGAGAAGUCGGAGAGCGAGACGAGCGAUGUAAGGUCGAGUUUAAGUAUUUCCAGCAUUUGUGAGCAACGUGUGCAACAGGAGCAAUUGAAGCUGCCGCAAUUGGUGCAGCGUCUGAAAGCUGCCAGCCAACAGCUGCCAGAGACAAGUCCAGUGCUCGACGUUUCGUUGAGGAGUCACUUGCAGCGUUUGAGUCUCGUCGAGCAGGGCAAGGAGUUGACCAGCGAUAACUCACUCUUGCAUAUACCCAGCGUGGUGAGGAAGCGUUUGCAACAACAGUUGUCACAGGCAGAGCCAGAGCAGAAGAUGAACACAGAGGUAGAGGUGGAGACAGAGACUGAGGCGGAGGCAGAGAAGAGCAGCUCCAAGGCAAAUGUUUCACUGUUGAGCAUUCCACAAACUUCGCUGCGAGCUAAACCAGGUGAUUCGAUAUCCAAAACGCGUGUUAGCAAGCUGCCAAAGCAAUCGAAGAAAAUGGAAUUGUUGGAGGCGCAGCAGCUAUCCGAUGACGAAGAUCUCUAUCGCCUCCACUGGAGUGUGCGGCGGGAGCAGAGUUCGCGUCGUGCUGUUGCCUUGCCACCGAAUCACGAGUUGCAUCCAUCGCAAGCGAUGCCGCCGCUGCUCUUUGGCACUUCUCUGCCCCGUUCUAGCACGAAGAGUCGCAGCACUUACAACGCGAAAACCUAAUCAAAUUAAUUUCAAUUUUCCCAUUGACAACCGCACAUUUGUGUGUGUGUGUGUGUGCUGUAUAAGCGAAUUCUUUCAUUAAAUCGCAACUCAAGUAACUCAACCGAUUAAUUAAACAAUAAAACAGGCUUCGAAGCUG